AUGACGGUCCACCAUGUUGGGACGGAUACUUCUUCAGGGGACGAUGGUCCUUUGGCUGGUGCAGACGACACACACAACGGUAAGGAAGAGGACUACUGUGGAUGUGUUGCUUAUCUACAUAAAAUCUAUGAUGUUUUAGGAUACAGCGCAGCAUCUGGAGUAUCUAAUGGACAAGGACCACAGCUUAAUGGUAGGAAUGGUAGAGGCGUUGGAGGAAUGCUGAUGCCAUCAAAAGGUGUGGGUCAGGCAAUGGGAGCACAGAAUGGAUAUGGUGGAUACCCUUCUAAAGGCAUGGGCUAUGGAGCUGCUGCUGGUGUCGCAAAUGGACAAGGUGGAAAAUCACAGGGAUAUGGAGUUCAAGCUGGCCCGGCCAAUGGACAACAAAUGAAAGGCAAUGGUUAUGGUGCUCAGGCUGGUGCAUACGGUGGACAAGGAACCAAAGGCAACGGAUAUGGAGCUCAAGCUGGUCCAACUAAUGGACAACAAAUGAAAGGCAAUGGAUAUGGUGCUGGAUCUGGUGUUCCUAAUGGAAAUGGGGCUAAGACUAAUGGUCAGGGAGCUGCAGCAGGACAGGCCAACGGCAAUGGGGCAAGACCAAACGGACAUUCUGCAGCUGGAAAUAAAGCAAUGAAAGGCUUUGGCCGACCAUUUGGUGCAGGUGCAGGCAUGGGAGUUCCCCAGCUCGCCAGAAACCAAGGAUAUGGCAGUAAUGGUCAUAAUGGUUAUGGAGCUCAACCAAGGGAAGGCUUUAAUGGUGGUUUUGGGAGUGCUGGUUUAGGUCUAGGACCUCGCUAUGGAAAUGGAGGAAUGAAAGGACCAAAGCAAGGAUAUGGUGCUACAACUGGUGCCUCGAAUGGACAAGGUGCUAAAACAAACGGUUACUCUGGAGCCAGAGCCCCCACUGGGAAUGGAGUCUUACCAAAUGGUUAUGGAUAUCCAAGUGGUGGGGCUACCAAGCCAGCAAAACCAGGUUAUGGCAAUGGUCAAAAUAUGUAUGGUGCAAAACCAAAUGGAUAUGGAGCCUCCAGAGGAGGUGCAGCGAAACCCCAACCAGGUCCUGGAAAUGGAGCGGUUCCUAAUGGAUAUCAAGCUAAACCAAAUGGUUAUGGAGCUGGAGCCGGUGCAGUCAAAGGAAAUGGAGCCAAAUCCAAUGGUCAUGGAGUUAAAAAUGGUGCUACCCUUGGUGGAUAUGGAGGGAUGCUUAAUGGAUUUGGGGUCCCAAGCAGAAGUUUAAAACCACAAACUAACAAAGGUGUAGGAGCUGUGUUGCCAGGUGAAGGUGCAAAGUCACUGGGAAAUGGUUAUGGCGGUGUUGUUGGUGUACCUAACGGACAGUUCACAAAAUCAGCCAACCCUGGGUAUGGCCAGAUGCCUUAUGGGAAAGGCACAGGUGCAACAAAUGGAAAGAGUCUGAAAGGUGAAGUUCUCUCUCCUGAGCAGCCAAGCGCAGCACCGGAGGAUAUUGUCCCUCAGCAAGCCGUAACUGACGGUCCAGCACCCAGCGCCCCUGAGCCCACCAGCGGCAUCAUCGUCAUGGUGACACAAGAGGGACAUCACAAACUGCCCUCACCUGUGCCACAAAGCAAAAGCUACAAGACACCACUGAUCCCUCUGGCUACACCAGAACCAGCUCCAGUGAUUCCCCAAGAACCAGAACCUGCACCUGAAACCACACUUGAACCUUCUGCUAAAGGUCCAGUGGUGGUAACAUCUGGACCAGCACCAGAGCCAGAAGCAGCACUCCCUCAAGGUUAUGUGACUGGGGAUGCUGUGCCUGAGCAGACAGUCACAGAGGCAGAUGUUGUUGUUGGGGGGGAAACUGACAGUGAAGGGGAUGCUGUCCCUGAAAGCACCAAAUCCCUGAAACCCAAAGCUGUGCCUGAAACAGUGUCAGCUAAAAGUACAGACAACAUCACCCCUGAAGAAGCUUUGAAUGUGGGAGUUCCUGAAGUCACACCAGAGGAAGCAAACAUCAAGAGUCAGCCUGAGGCAGGACCGGACAGGUCUGGGGUCAAAGGUCAACCUGCAGGAGAAACUGGGGCGACUGAGGUUGGAGGAGGACCUACAAUGUCCAAAGGACAGGGAGCUAAACCAGCCAGACCUGACUGUGGACCAUCAGGAGUACCAAAUGGGCAGUGGAUGAAGAUCCCUCGACCAGGUUAUAAUGGAGGUGCUGGAGCUUCUUCUGGCUCCAACACUAAAGGUUUUGGAGCCGGAGCUGGUGUUCCUAAUGGAUAUGGCUCUAAGCCAAAUGGUUAUGGUGCCAGUGCAGGGGGAUAUUCUAAUGGGGGAGGAGCUAAAACAACCAAACCAAGUUAUGGAGCAGGAGGCUACCCUGUCCCUAGACUGAGCAAUGGAUAUGGAGCUGGACUUGGAAAUCCUUAUGCAGGGAAACCUCAGCAGCCUGGUUAUGGACAGGGAGCAUACCUUGGAGCUGGAUAUGGAAAUGGAAAUCCAUAUGGAGGGUAUGGAAAUGGAAAUGGAAAUGGCUACAGUGCUGGUGUGCAGCCAGAGUUUGCUGGUCUUGGACAAGGUUUACCUACUGCCAGUGGCAGAUUCGGUGGUGCCAAGCAGAGUCCUUACAAUGGAGCCCCAGUGAUUCCUGCUGGACUUGAUGGAAUGAGUCAGUUUGAGCCUCAGUCUGCUGGUCUUGGUCCAAAUGGAAAAACCAGCAGCAUGUAUGGUGGACUGGGUGGCAUGCCUAAUGGUGGUCAGCCUAUGGGAAUGGGUGCAAAAAAAUCAAACACAAAGUAUGGUAUUGGUGGAUUGCAGUUUGGUGGACAGCCACUCAACAGAGCAACUAAUGGUGCAGGAAGUUAUGGAUAUGCUGGAAGCCCCUAUGGACCUGCCGGUAAUGGAAAAUAUGGUGGUGCUGGCACCGGGGGAAACCCUGGACCACAGAAAUAUGCAUAUCUCGGUUCUCCUACUGGUGGGCUACUCCCUGGUCAUGGCAAUGGAAAUACACCUGGAAAAUAUGGUUAUGGAAGAAUGCCUUAUGAGGCUCAGCCAGCUGGACUGAGCCCUGGAGCCAAAUCAAACGGCAAAUAUGGUCCGGCUGCAGCACAGUAUCAGCCUGAACCUCUCGGAUAUGGACAGAAUGGAAAAUUAUCAGGACAAUAUGGCAGCCAGAGUCCGUAUAAGUCACAGCCUCUUGAAUCUACAUCUGAAGUGAGAUCUGAAACAGAUGGCUUAUCUUAUGACCCCCUGCCUGUGGAGCCAAAUUCAGCUGGGAAAUCCUUCUUGAAAGGAGGGGUACAGACUCCAGUGACUGCAGCUGAAGGUGAUGGGAUUGAUAGAUAUGAAAAUGUGGGCUAUAUAAACGGACAGGUACAGCCAGAAGUUGUUAAUUUCCCAGCAGCUCCCACGCCUGGUCCCACCCUGGCCUACCAAUCCGCCCCGUCCUAUCUGCCUGUGGACUCGUCCUUCACUCCUGAUGUUACACCUGGAGCAGGUCUGGAGGACUUACCUGACCCUGCAGGCACUACCAGCCUCGCCUUAGACUCGUCACCUGCAACAGAAACGCAGGGUGUGGUUCAGCUGCCCGAUCAGCCUGAUGAUCAACAGCAGCUGCCACGUCAGAUUCACAUUCAGCAGCAUCUCAAGCUGCAUUUUCACCAACAAGGAGCAAAGAAUGGAAAAUAUGACUUGAACGGCUUCUUUGGGAACAGUGGCUAUCAAGGUUAACCUCACUGAUGACAACCUUCACCUGCUGUUAUAUAUUAUUUUGAGCUGUUUCCAAAAUGUAUAUUAAUUUUAUUCUUCUUCGUUUGUAGAAUAGCCUUUGCAUUUCUGUGUUUUGGAGUAGAGUAAAAUUGUGAUAUUUGAGUAUUUAGGUGUUUGUUUUGUAUGUUUUAUGUAUCCUAUGUUACAUUUUGUCAUGCACUUACAGUUUACUCCAUAUGACAGAUUUGCUUAGUAGAGCAAUAAAAUCAGUGAGUUUUCUUGAUUGAAUUUGAUGUUAUUUGCUCAAAAUGAUCCUGUAAAAUGCAAAGAAGUGUAAUUUAUGUUGCAUGGGGAAUGGGUUUUCCAC